GUUGUGUAGCUUGGUUGGCGCUGUGACUGAUUGUCCUUUCGUCGUUGCGAUGAUGAGCGGAACUGCUGUUGCUUCAUAUGAGUGUCUAACUUCCCCAUUCCCCGGUAUUGAUGACUGUCGAACUUUCAAUAAAUCGUCAGAGUGCAAUGGAUCACAUGUCAGUACAACUCCUGAGUCAGAUAGACUAUUCAUAUCCGAAGACUCGAUUUCUAAUGAGACUAGUGACUCGUUCUACCCGAAAAUUGACCAAAGUUUUGACGAAGAGGUAGAAAUUACAGAUAUGGAAGAAGUGAAAACCCCACGGACAGCUUCACCGACGUUGAAUGAGCUAAGGAAACGUUUGGUUGAUGUCUCCCUCAAUGCUAAAGUGACUGCGAAUUCUCCUAUAUAUGAAUGUAACAAAAUCAACAGUCAGUUUCAUCAGAAGCUGUUAUCAGAGGUUGCCUCGAAACCGUGCCUUUACUCUCUGGAUAGGCUGUAUGACGAAUAUAUCCCUGUAAGAUCGCGGAUUUGUCCACUGAAAGGGAAACUUGGACUUACUGGCGAUGUUAAGUUUGGAGACCAAAAAUCCAGGCUGACUUUACGUUCCAUAUCCUCCAAAAAUACACGGCGUCUCCUAGAACACAUUCCUGUGUGUUCUCUUCCAAGUCCACUACUACGUCAAACUUACUCAUCUUCGGGGAGUUUAAUCUCAAACUUAACAGAUUUAUCGUUUAACAGCGACGCUAUUUUGUCUGUCCCUUUGACUUCUGGUUUACGCGUUUCCGAAGUAUUGUCUAGCGAUUUUCUCUUCUCCAAAGGUGGACCAGCUCUCAAUCAGAUGGCAGAAUCAUCAAUACAAUCUGUAAGUUUGUCAUUAGAGUUUAUUUGACUAUUAUAUAGUUACACUUGUACAUACUAGUUGUUUUAACUCCAUUUCUAAGGCUUACGUUUUUGUUAAAAAGGUUUUCAUCUUUAAAUAACAUUUGUUCCUGGGUUGAUUUUGUUCGUGAAUCUCCAUAGUCAUACUCGUAAAUGUAACUAUUAUGUUUGUUACUAAGUUUUAUGACUUUAUAUCGCAGUUAUUAAACCAUGUCAAAAAUGUUAUGACAGUUGCAUAUGAUCUAGUUUAAACAUCUUAAUUCAGCUAUCUCUUCCAAAGCAUAAACGAUGAAUUACUAAAAAUGAUGUUCACCAUAGAUUGAUCACAGUCAAUAUACUAUUGUAAAGCAGAAUAUCCUAGAAGGUUGUCAGUAGCAGGUAUCUGUUGAACUACUUCGGGGCCAAGUUCUUACGGCCCUAACAGGGCCGAAAACUUUGGCGUCUAUAUGUCUAAAUUUCUUGAUCCGUAGCUAAACUCACCUAUUCUCCGCAACUCUUAUCUACUGAUAUUCCUCUACCAGUGAGAUGAUCAAAGUGCAAUUAGAUAUUCACACUUCAGGUUCCUAAACAGUAUGUGAUUUCUGAAACUUUUGUUUCAACGAUUCAGGAGUUUAGUUCUACAUAAUAUAAAUUCAUACCGUGUGUUUCUCUGGAUUAUAAUUCUACUUAUAGUCUCGUACGCCAUUUCUAGACAACGUUUUGAGUCCGAUUUUGACUCUGAAGACAAUUCCAAAAGCCUUCGCUAGGUCUUCUGGUUGUGGGUUUAUGUAUGGGCCUAUUUUUUCAUAAGACUUGCUUGUUCAUAUAGCUGAAGGAAAAAGAGGACAUCACAAGUCCAACACUGGUAUAGUGUACACCAUGAAACAGCUGCUUGUUAUCCUACUGUUUGAUAUUUCCAAAAUGGUUCAACUUCCGAUUCUGUUCAUUGUAUGGUAAACAACAUUUCUGAAAUCGGACAUUUGAAGAUCCUCAGAUUCCUUUCUCAAUGACUGACCGAUUUUCAAGUAGGGGGCUUACAACCUUCACUUUAGUUUGUAUCUCAUGAAUAAUGAACAUAUUACUACCUACAUUCUCAAAAUUUUUCUUACAACCAUUCUGUCCUAAGAUUUUUAGCUGUAGUCUGAAGACAAUUUACCGUGGCUUUAUAAAUCACGAUGUUUCCUAGAUCAUUUAGUGAGGACGGAUGACGGAAGUUUUUAGUUGUUUUUCGAGUUUCUGACGCUUGAAUGCUAAUAUAGUUGUGCUUAUCGGUAUCAAACAUGCACUUAGUCGGUUAGGAAAGGUGUCUAGAUUACCUUUAAGUACUGCCAUAUUUCGGCACAAUUUUUGAUCGGAGAUUCGAAACUUUGACAGUUCGCUUGAAGGAAUAAUAAUUGGCAAUGAAUUUUGUAGCGUCCACUUGGACACACUUCCUGAGAAGCUGUUUAUUUCUAUCUUCAUUUCUUCUCAUUUCCUUGUGAAUAAAGCAUGGGUUUCAUAAUAAUGAUUUCCAAAAUACACCUACCUUCAUUGAAGUACAUAUAUUGAAAGCUAUGUUUAUUAUUAGAAAUGAUAUUUUCGUUUGACGGAAUCUCAGCACGGAUACAGAAGGCUCGACUAGCUUUUACCAACUUGCGUCAUUUAUGGCGUAGGCGAGAUAUCCGUCUAUCAACCAAAGGACGGGUUUACUGUGCAGCAGUUCGUUCCGUCCUACUUUAUAGCAGUGAAACAUGGCCGGUAAGAGUAGAGGAUAUCCGUAGGUUACUAGUAUUUGAUCAUAGGUGUCUUCGAAAUAUUGCUCGUAUAUCCUGGGACCAUCGAGUAAGUAACACAGUUGUUAGGAAACGGGUACUAGGUAAGGAUGGCAAAUCAAUUGAUGAAGUAGUGAAACUUCAUCAGUUGAGAUGGCUGGGACACGUGUUACGUAUGCCCAACGACCGACUGCCUCGACAUGCGAUAUUCAUUGGUAUAGGAGAAGAUGGGAAGAAAGGUAGGGGCGGCCAGACCAAAACAUGGCACAAGUCCAUGAAGUCACUGACAAGUGGACUGAGUCAUGUUGAUAGGCGUAGACUACCUGGUUGGGGACCGCGAGAUGAUAGCAACCGAUGGUUAGAGACCCUGAAUGACAUGGCUCAAAAUGGUUUGCAAUGGCGCAGAUGCAUCCACUCUUUGUGUUCUCCCAAAUUUUAAUCUUCUGAAUUCUUCAUGUCCCUUUUUUUUUUCUCUUUCCAAAUUUAUUUCACUACAUUAUACUCUUUGAAUAACACCUCCAAACCCUAAUCUUCCCGAUUACUGCUUAUGCUCUUGCUACCUCUACCACUACGGGAUUUGAAUCGACAACUGUAUCUCUGUGCUAAUGUGGUGUGGCAACUCGGACUGAUGUACGUACGUACGAAGUUCUACGUUGUUACUGACUGACUGACGUUUGAACUAACGUUAAUUCUUUUCAUUUUAAUUGUUCUGCACAUUUUUCUUAUUUAUGUAUUCCGUUGACCUAUAUGCUUAUUUUUUGUAGAGUGAGUCUCCCCAGUCCACCGAUAAAAUCGCAUGUGAGCCGAUUUCAAACGGUUUAUCCGAUAAGACGGAGGUUUCGAAGUCUAUUUGCACUUCAAAUCACGGUUUAAGUGAAAGUCAGAACUCUGAUUCAAACAUUUUGAUAUCAAAUAGUCAAGUUUAUCCUAGUGAACAAUAUUUCUCACCACAUACGCAGUCGUAUAAAUCAGGUUGUCUCAGAGAAAAAAAUCAUACCCGAAGUAAACGAUCAGAGAACAGAAAAUCCCUUCACAACACUGUUACUUCUAAAAAUGGUGAUCUGUCAUGUAUCGAAGCUAGAACUCCCAUAAAUGACACUAAUAUGGUAAAUAAAAACGUAAAUCAUCAGUGCAGUGAUUUGGUUGAGUUUCACUCAUUUAAUGAGCCUACAUCAAAAACUGAAUGUCGUUCAUCUUCAAAUACCCCCGAAAGAGUAUCAGACAGAAUGGCAUUACUCAGUGAUUGUGGUGAAGAUAAAGUGUCCACAUCAUUAACAACAAAUCUAAACACUCAUCCAGAUUCAUGCGAUAUUUUAUUUCCUUCCAGUUCAUUUCCAACUAGCUACAUAAAUGAAGAACCCAUAACUGUUGAGGAGGAUUUCACUCCAGUGACCAACAAAAGGCUAAGACGCAAGCAACAGCAACAUUCAAAGUUGGUUCAAAGUAAAACUUGUAACUUCGAAGAGUCAUCUUGUGAUUCUAGUUAUAAAACGCAUAGUUACCUAUCUACACAACCGGUCAAUAAUGUAAGUACAUUUCAGCAACAAAAUAUUACACAUCGACUCAGUUCAAAUUUACCCAGACGUUCUGUGCAGCGUAGUGGAAUGUAUUCAAAUGUACAUAAAACACCUCAACCUUCCUCUGCUCGCUCAGUAACUUUUUUACCACACCCUCAAGAUGCCUUAUCUAGAAAGUCCAGGAAUGCAGAUAAUGUUUCUUCGUCUGUGUCAAGUAUUUUACAUAAUCCUAAACCAACAUCUAAUACGUAUUCUCAUUCUGCAAAUCGUGAUCUGGCUUCUCAGAAGUCUGUAUAUAGCAAUCCGUAUUUAAAUUCCUCUCUUCGAUGUUCUAAAGUGAUAAAAAAACCGUUUUCUAACAGUCCUUCUAUUACUCCGUCUUCAAACGUUCAAGGAACUCAACCUGCAGUUAGUCCCGUCCAGUAUCAAAUGCUUAAGCAAUUCAUGAUAUCUGCGUGGAAAUCGUUUGCGAAAUCUUGAACAAUUAUACAGUUAUAACUCAACUUCUUAGCUUUGUCUUGUUGCAUGUGAUAGGUCUAUUUCCCUGGACUCGCCUCGGAGUGUAAGCUCGUUAAUUCCUCGUAGAAAAAGUGCUUACACUCAUCAUUUGGUAGAAUUUUGUUGUAAGUAGAAAAUUAGUCUUAGUUGCUUAUUUUUUUUACAAAGUAUUUCUAGUCUCCAUUUCUCUCAGGUCUUAUAUGUGGUGAAUGUAUCCUUCACUCUACGUACAAAUUAAUACAGUUCAUAAUACCUUGCAGAUAACAUUGUCUUCUUAGACUUUCAAGUUAUCACGGGAGUGAUUUUCAAAGUUGGUGAUACCAAAAAUUAAAAUUGUCAGUUCAGUGUUUCUUGUUAAUCAUGUGAUUACUGUAAACAUAGUUAUCUGAUGAUAUAAUUUCUGUAGUUUUGUGAUCAAUCUCUCCCAGUUUACUUUUAUCCAUUUUCAUGUCAGCAAUACUGUCUUUCUUUUGUCAACUUUUGCAUUUGUUUAUUCCAGCUCAUUAUGUGUUGCAGAUAGCUAACGUACUAUUCAACCGGGUUGUCUUUUUUCACAUAAAUGUAAUUCAUUUGAUCUAUUAAACUAGUUAUUUUUUGUAGUAUAUCCCGGUAUUCGCCUAUGUAUUUUACUGUUUACUUUACCUCUUAUUAUUUUUCUAUAGUAUUAUAUUUCAUUUUUACAGUAGUUCAUAUUAGAAUAGUAUCCAGUUACAUACUCCCAAUGAGAGCAUUUGAAUCAGUCUUUUUCUUGUUGACGAAAUCACUUUUUUGUUUUAGGUAUUAGAGUAUUAUUUGAUAAAUCAUUGUGUUGUCUUAUUUCUUUGUGGAUAUAUGAGGAGCGUAUAUGAUUAGGAUAUUCCAAAUUAUUCUCUAACUUGUUGGUAUUUAAAAAUUACUGAAUCCACGAAACUGAGAGAAUAAGUAAAAAAGCGAUUAUUAAUUAUUUAAAUAUUUCAAGUAAAACUAACUUCGACCACGUCUCUAGUUUUAUAGUAUAAUAGGAAUUAUUAACAGUUUACCUCUCUUCAGUAAGCAGAAGGUAGGCGGCGAUUCCUAAGAGUUUUAUGUGAUGCACAUCUUUCAACGUGUUCUUAUAAACUAGAAACGAUCAAUAGGUCACUUACCUGAUGUUUAUUACAGGUUGUCUGCUAUCAAUAAUUUGGUAGUUUUCGCGUAGAUACUACAGUCAGGCAGUUUGAUGAAAUUGGCUCUUCGCGUGAACAUUAUUCGCAAAGCUGACGUCAUACACUCAGAGGAUUUAUCUAGCAAACUAAAUCUGCCACUGUGUGGCACAGUUCCUGAUUUGAUUUUACACAUUCACUACCUGUAAAGUCUUAUUUCAAAGUAAUCUGACAUGUUAAAGUAGACCUCUGAACAUGGUUUGGUUUCAUCGUAGGAAUUCGUUAUUUCUAAGGAGGACUGAAAUAAUAUAGUAAUAUAAACUAAGGUUAUUGAUUGCAGGUCAUGCGAACUAUGACUUCAGGUGACACACCAAGACAACUGAAUGUAAGGGUGAAGGAACAAAAACUGCUUAAAGCACAUUCCAAUAUUCUCACAUGGUGUAAAGAAAACUUGAAAACAAAUUCCGCGAUAGCAUUGCGCUCAAUAGUGUCGGUUCAUACAGUUGAUUUCCAUGGCACUAGAGUCCUUCAAAAAAGUCCUGAAUUUUCCAAAGAAUAGUAGAUGAGGCCCUACACAUGGGCGAAUUCAAAUAGUAUUGAUAGGAGACGGGGUCCCGAUCGAAGCUGCUACCUUGACGCGGUGGUCGGGCUUGCCUAUCGUGAUGACCCAACCGAGCUAUAUUGGCUGGAACAUAUGUUCCUGCAGGUUCUACCAUGCCAGGCAGGUCGAUUGGUGAACGGUAAGACUAAAAGCAGCAACUCAAGGUCUGAGGGCGAAGUCGUACUGCUGACUGUAGAGGGGUGUGACAGCAGUAAGGUGUUUCCCUCGGACAACCAGCAUGACAGCGAUGCUGCCUUCCCACAAGGAGGGGUGGGGUUAGAAAAGGUCGACCCUAACAAUGUCACACCUCACAUUACCUCACGGAUUUCCGUCUCCGGCGGUAAUGCCCUUUGAAGAACGGAG